GGGGGGAGGGGGGGGGGGGGGGGGGGGGGGUGGGGGGGGGGGGGGGGGGGGGGGGGGGGGGGGGGGGGGGGGGGGGGGGGGGGGGGGGGGGUGGGGGGGGGGGGGGGGGUGGGGGGU